AGCUCAGACACAGCAAUGGCAUCCAGCCGCGAGGUGCGGAGCCUGAUGGAGGAACUGACCUGCCCGAUCUGCCUCUCGCUGUUCACAGAGCCCGUGAGGCUGGAGUGCGAGCACAAUUUCUGCCGCGGCUGCAUCACGGAGUGCUGGGGCCCGGACUGCGCCGCGCCAGCGUGUCCGCAGUGCCGGUUCCUCUCCCCGGGCAAGGCGCUCAAGCCGAACCGGGUGCUGGCUAACCUGGUCGACAAGCUGCGGCGGCUGGGAGAGCAGGAAGAGCUGAAAGCGAGCGGGGAGAUGCAGUGUCCCGAGCACCGGGAACCUCUCAAGAUCUUCUGCCGGGACGACCAGGAGUUGGUUUGCUUGGUGUGCAGGGAUGAUCCCGGGCAUUCACAGCACAGUUUCUUGCCUGUGAGGCAAGCUGCAUCCCUCUACAAGAAUCAGUUGAAUGAGCUUCUUGUGGUAGAAGAACUGAAACAGAGGAAGAGGAGUCUGCUCAUCACUCAGCAACAGGAGAAGAUUGCUGAGCUGCAGGAAACCUCUGAGAUGCUCUUGCAUCACAUCUCCUCGGAGUUCUCGAAUAUGCACCAAUUCCUCAUGGAGAAGGAGCAGCAUUGGACCAAGGAACUUGAAGAAGAGAAGGAGCAGUGCCUGCAAAUGAUGGAGGAGAACCUGACUGCAAUUGAGACGGUCUGGUCAGCCACAGAGCACAAUCUUUUCCAGCUCCGUGCGGGAAUCACUCAGCAAGCUGACUGCCUGUUUCUCAAGGAGCUGAAAGGAUUAAGAAAGCGGUUCCAGGAAAUGGAACAAAAAAAGGUAGCGAGUGUUGUAAGCAAAAGCCCGGGAUUGGGAAUAUUCAAGGGACCCCUACAAUAUACUGUCUGGAAAGAAAUGCUAAAAGCCCUCUCACCUGUGCCGGCACAGCUCACCCUGGAUCCCAGAACCGCGCAGCCCAGACUCGUGCUGUCUGAGGAUCUGACCGCGGUUCACGCUGGGGAUGUGAGGAGAAAUCUACCAAAUGGUCGGGAGAGGUUUGAGCCCUGCACCUGCGUGCUGAGCAGCCAGGGCUUCAGCUCAGGCAGGCACUACUGGGAGGUGGAAGUGAUUAACAAGACCGACUGGGACUUGGGCUUGGCCCGGGAGAAUGCCCAAAGGAAGGGGCAGAUCACACUGAUGCCCUCGGUUGGUUACUGGACCAUAUGUCAGAGGCAAGAUCACAUCUACGGGGCCCUGACUGCCCCCUCCACCAUCCUCAGGCUAGAUGCCAAGCCCAGGAAGAUAGGCGUUUAUCUGGACUAUGAAGGAGGGCAAGUGUCCUUUUACAAUGCUGAUGACAUGUCCCAUCUCUACACUUUCACCGAUACCUUCAACGGCAAACUCUUCCCUUUCUUUAACCCCUGGUUGAACAAGGGGAACUCUGAGCCCCUGAAGCUAUGCCAUGUGAAACUGUAACAAGUUCAGGGGGCUACUUCUCACUGAAGCUGUAAUAUUCAUUCGGGAAACGCGAUGCACAAAUCACCAGGAAAAUCCAACAGGUCAAGGACUCAGUGAGCUGUGAGUCUCCAGAAUUUGCUAGUUGAUCCAUGCCAAUCUGGCAUUUGCCUCAUCCUGCUUCAGCCUCUGCAUUAUUUUUCAGAACUUGCUGGUUAUCCAUAUUAACUCCUUUCCCUUCCCUGUGAAAGCUAGAGCUGCAGUUUAAACAUGCCCAUCCUAUGGAGUAAGCAUACCUAAUGCCACGCCAUUGUACCAGUCUGUAGAUUGAGUCCUGCUGGAGCUCUCUAAAGUGUAAAUCUUGUCAUUUGAAAGUGUAUUGUGCAUCUUCUUUCCCUUAUUCUCAAACCAGUGCUUCUUUCCCUCUGUUCCUCUUUCUGUAUCUGAUUUGAUUCUAAUUCACACUAUUUUCUUUGCCACAUGUUCUUCUGUCGCUUUCUCAAUCUUUAGCUCUAAGGAUGGUCAGUCUUCCUGUCUACUGUGGUCCCACUGUUCUCACAGAGGUGAUGUUCUCAGUUCACAUGUCCAGCAAGAUAAAAGACACAAGGAUUUUGUUUGAUUGGCACUCCAUCAACAAACAUGCAUUCCCUCCACCAAAGACGCUCAGUUGCAACAAUGUGUAUGAUCUACAAGAUGCACUGCAGAAAUUCACCAAAGAUCCUUCGGCAGUUCCUUCUAACCUCACGGCCCCUGCCAUCCAGAAGGACAGGGGCAGCAGAUACCUGGGAUCCUGCAAGUUGCCCUCACACCAUUCUGAAUUAGAAGUAUAUCACUGUGCCUUCAGUGCUGCAGGGUCAAAAUCCUGGAACUGCCUCCCUAAUGGUGUUAUAGAUGGAACUAUAGUGGUUCAAGAAGGCAGCUCAUUACCACCUUCUCAAAGGUAGCUAAGGAUGGGCAGUAAGUAUUGACCCGAGAUGCUGGAGAAUUCCGGUAUAACAAAGUGUGGGGCUGGAUGAACACAGCAGGCCAAACAGCAUCUUAGGAGCACAAAAGCUGACGUUUCGGGCCUAGAACCUUCAUCAGAGGCCAAAGAAAUUACAAGAGAGUUGCAGUGGGAGAGAGAUUCCCUGAGGUUGGUCCGGAAGGAGGAGGGUAACUUCUUCAGAUUAGGCAUCCUGGAAGAGGCUUCACAAUGAGGUUAAAAUUGUGAUCAGAGAUAAUGGGAACUGCAGAUGCUGGAGAAUCCAAGAUAACAAAGUGUGGAGCUGGAUGAACACAGCAGGCCAAGCAGCAUCUUAGGAGCACAAAAGCUGACAUUUCGGGCCUAGACCCUUGAUCAGAGACCCAAAUAUUGACCCAACCAGUGAAAUUCACAUCCUCUGAAUGGAUUAAAAAACAAUCUGAAGGCUGCAGGAAACUGUGUAACUGACCAUGCCAUGAGAUGCCACAGCUCUGAAUCUUAUACCUCAUCCAAGCUAGGUGUAAUUUUGAUGGGGAAAGGGUCACAUUAAAUACAAGGGGUGGUCAACUCACUACCAUCACUUGAGAGUGCUGUCUCCCACUCUGGUGGGAGAUGGGUGGGGCUCACCAAAUCUGCUGCCUCCUCACCAUUUUUGAGUAACUAAUGAAUGGGCCAUUAAACUGCUCCUGUUGCUGAGUAGUCAAACCAUUUUUCAUAGAACAUGACAGAAUAGUGCAGGAGAGCCCAGAAGGGGGAUAUUGAAUUCUCACAGUAAUAAGAAUGUAGAGCUGCUGUGUUUCAUUGUGUGUCACCUCCUGAACCUGUUGCCUGUUCAUUAAAUACUAUUUAAUACUGAGCUAUUGUUAAGUCCUUUCCAAACACAUCUCUGCAAAUGAGUAUUCAUUCAAUU